AUGGCGGCACUAACACUGACCACGGCGUCCGCCUCUGCCGCCGGUUCUGAGGUCUUUGCCGGUGUUGCACUUCUGGUGUUCUCCUUCAUCGUCCUCAUGAUCUUGCGAUACUAUCUCCCACUACGAACGACGCCCGCAUACAUCCUCGUCCCAAUAUUCUUCGCCUUGUGGCUUCCGGCCUUUAUCGUCCUGCUCGUACCCAUCGAUCUAGCAUCCAGCGCCGCGACUGACGAUGAGGCCGCGAGGGGCAUCUGGUUCCCUGCGCGACUGUUAUUGGUAUCGUGGAGGAUCACAUAUUGGCUCACAUUUGUGUUGACAUGGUUUAUCCUUCCUAUCCUUGCCGAGUACUCCGAUGCUGGAUACCGCGAACCGAAAGACCGAUUAAUGUAUUCUCUACGUGCAAAUGCGCAGUACCAUUUACUCGUCCUCGGCUCAGGUGUACUUGGUCUUGUAUACGUUGUCAUCUCAUACGGGCUGUCACCAACAUCGCUCAAGGGUUUGGUCAUGGCUUUGGCUUACUGCUGGGGUUUGGUGUUGGCAAUUUAUCUCAUGGGACACGGGCUAGUCUCGAUACCUAGGAAACUGAUCCGGGAUGCUAGCCUACCUGGCCGGCUCCGGCGCAUUCAGACUCAUGCACCGAAAGUAUACGAGAAGAUGGAAGACUCAAUUGCCAAUCUUGAGGGAAUCGAGGCUCAGGUUGCGGAACUCAGCAAGCGCAAAACUGGAAGUGCAAGGGACUUUCAGGACUGGAUCGAAGAACUUGCCGAUAUGUGCAACGUCCCAGAGUCACGACCAGGUAGCGUCAUGCCACGCAUUGGGACCGAGAAUAGGACCUUGCCCACUGUUAUAACAGAGAAGUACUUGGCCGACCUGACCCGGCAACUCGACCGAGCUCGUCAUGCUAGGUCACGCUAUGUCGAUGAAUGGAAUCGGCUCUUGAAGGAUGCUGCGAAAACACAAGCCAUUCUUGACUCGGGGGCAUCCAAGAAGCUCGAUUUCGGCGCAGCAACCCCAGGAUCGUCACUUCUCGAGAAGAGCACCCUGCUCAAUCCCUACACUCGCUACAUACUGCACUUCCAUGUUGCACCAGUAUCUCGGAUUGCACUGGGAGGUCUCUUUGCAAUGGCCUCAGCUUGCGUUAUUUGGUCUGAAUUGAUCAAGGCUGCAUUCCCCAACCUUUCCGUUAUCCGCCUUACCGUCGUCCAUCAUUGGACGGGAGACAAGGGCCAAGUCGGCUUUGCCGGCCAAGUCAUUGCAGCGUUCUGGAUAUUGUACAUGUGCGCUGCUGCCUUGGUAUCAGUGACCGAAGUCAAGGUUUGGCGUGGUCGGGCCUUGGUGCGACGCAACACGGCUUAUGAAUCUGCCUUUUGGUAUGCGGGUCAGGUGGCCAGACUGAGUGUUCCGCUCUCUUACAACUUUAUGACAUUUCUGUCUCCGGAAAUCUACCAAGCGACGACGUUUUACAAAUUCCUUGGAUCGCUCAUCAACUUGACGCCACUCGGCAAGUGGUUCGACUACCUCUUUCCAGUUUUUGUGUUGGUACCUGUAUUGGCUACCUUGUUUGGAUUCUACGGCAAAGCCAAGCGCAUGUUUGGUCUCGACAUGGAUAUAGCUGGCGACGAUGAAGAGAACGAGAGGGGCUUUGGAUCAGGGUGGCGCGAAGGAAGAGAUCUGAUUGAGCGCGAACUGAACGGAACAUCGAUCAGCAGGAGAGAGGCUCUCGCUGGCAGAGGUGCUCGAGGAGCACCAGUCUUGUCAGUGCCCGCGGCUCGAUCUGAGCGGGCACGAACACCAUUCGCCACGUCGCCAACGUACCACGACGAUCCAACCGCUCGGGCAGGCCCGUCGUCGAGAUCAGCAAGAUCGGAAGCACCACCUGAUGAUGACGACUUUUUCGCGAGCUUUGGGCACCGCUUCAAGAAUACGAUAGACAGUAUCGACACGCCAAAGUGGUUGCAGGAGCUUGGAGAUGGCAUCAAGAAGCCCAAGUGGUUUGGCGGGGACGACAGUACGAUAAGACUUUAA